AUGCCCAACUCUAAGCCAGUGCCCACUCAAGACUAUACGGAUGCUGCUGCAGCGGUUGAGAAAUAUGUCACUGGAGUUCAAACCGGCAAGUGGGAACUUAUCGAAGAGGCAUUCCACAAAGACGCCACGAUGCACGGCUAUUACGGAAACGACUUGAACGGCGGAUCUUUCCAGGCGCUCAAGGCUUUUAUCGAUGAGCACGGGGCCUCUCCAAAUAUGACAACCCGAAUCGACAUUCUUUCAAUCACGCCAACCACUGCCGUUGCCAGGGUGGAUAUGGAGGGCGCCGGUACGGGAUUGGAUUACACGGACUUUCAUUCUCUGAUGAAGAUUGAUGGGCGGUGGAGGAUCUUCGCUAAGACCUUUCACUUCUAUGGCUAG